AUGGCACCUACCUGGAGAAUAGCCAUAGGCUGUGAUGAAGCCGGCGUCAACUACAAAAACGCCAUCAAGCGCGACUUUGAAUCCGACAGCCGCGUGAGCCAAGUCAUUGACGUGGGCUCGGGCUCGACCAGCGACAAGACGGCGUACCCGACGCGGGCGGCGGCGGCGGCGCGGCUGGUGGCGGCGGGCGAGGCGGACCGGGCGCUGCUCGUGUGCGGCACGGGGCUCGGCGUGGCCAUCACGGCCAACAAGAUCAAGGGCAUCCGCGCCGUCACGGCCCACGACAGCUUCAGCGUCGAGCGCAGCGUGCUGAGCAACAACGCGCAGGUGCUGUGCAUGGGCGAGCGCGUCGUCGGGCUCGAGCUGGCGCGCCGCCUGGCCGCCGAGUGGCUCGGGUACGAGUUUGACCCGGGCAGUGCCAGUGCCCAAAAGGUGGCCGAGAUUGAGCAGCUCGAGGCUUAG